AUGUUAUCAGAAGAAUUUUUACCAAGUUAUCUUCGUAAUAGUCCAAUAAAUAAGCGUAAAAAAAAUGUGUAUAAAUCAAAAUCAUUACCUACACAUUGGAAUUCAAUGGAUUGUUGGCCUUAUAUAAACGUUAUAGAUCAAAAUGGUUUAAACCUUAAAUAUAAUGGGCCAGGAAGAGAAAAUAAUAGACAUAACCUAUUUUUAAGAUGUAUUGGAAUCGGAUAUUGUAAAUCAGAUGUUGAGCUUAAUGUAUUGCCCGGAUGGGUUUCAGACUCAAUCGGAUAUCAUGGAGAUGAUGGUCGUUUAUAUUAUGGACGAGGAAAUGGAAAAAUGUUUGGACCUUGUUACGCUACCGGGGAUACAAUUGAUGAUUUAAUUAAUUAUGAGCUAGUAGGAGAAAUGUAUCCAAUGUGUGGAAUGGCAAUAAACGGUGAAUGUAUUUCAGCCAAUUUUGGAACGAAACCUUUUGUGUUUGAUAUCGAUAAUUAUGCAGAGGUAAUUUUUGCUGAUGCAGAAUCAAAAGAAUAA